UCGACCCCAGUUAAGCUCCUCAUUUGUAGCGGCUAGCUCCUGGGGGUUGGCUGCUUCCCUGUUGGAGUAGGUCGGGCUCUGGGUCCGCCCUCUUCUCCCGACUGCUUCCCACCAGCCUGCGCGGUUACUUUGCGGACGGGAUAGCUCGCUCAACCACGGAGGUUGGCUCCAGCAUCUACUAUUGUGGCCACCAGUGACAGUUCAAGCACCAUGUUUCCUGCAAUGCCAACUGUUCCUGCCAGUGUGGCUUCCCAGGAACUCUCAGCUACAACAUCAACGACUACCACUACCACUGUGACCACCAAUACCACUACUACAAUUACAAGUGGUUUCAACCUGUAUUUCAAGCCACCAUCAGCUUGGGCUAAUCAAACUGGCCUAGUCAAUGUGGCUUCUCUACCUGCUACCAUGACUGUAAACUCAAUAGUAACUCCUGUGAUGACAUAUUGUCGCAUGGAGAGUAUAGUGGACAAGUGUCACCUUCAGCUACAAAACCAAGAAAAACGCUUUCAUUAUCCGGCCAACCAACUCAAUGUUUGGAACCAUACAUUGAUGAAGAACAGAGAUGAGUUUACUCUUCUACAUCAUGAAGUGGAAAAAGUGAAGCUGGACCAGCGCAGGUUGGAACGAGAAUUGGAUUUGAUCCUGGCACAGCAGAAGGAACUAGAACAUCUGUUGACUCCUUUAGAGGAGUUUGUGAAGAAACAGAAUGGGCCUUUUAAUCUGCUGUAUGUUGGUAAAGAGUAUGAGAGAAUCUACAAAUUAGCAGAAAAUAUAGAUACUGAGCUGAAAAGAAUGUCUCAAGAUCUCAAGGACAUUAUUGUUCACCUGAAUUCACUUGGAAGUCCUGGUGACGCUACUGAACCAUUUCAACAGAUUUGCAAACUUCUGAAUGCUCACAUGGACUCUCUGCAGUGGAUCAGUCAGAAUUCAGGCAUAAUGCAGAAGAAGAUGAAAGAGGUAACAAAGGCUUUUGAGGAGUAUCAUCGCAAGGAUCAGGAGUGCAGUGUGAAGUUUGCCUUUGAAUAACUAUCACCCUGACCCACUCUGGAUUGCUCAUCAACCCUGAAUUUUGAUGAUAUUAAAUAAGAGUAGUGUUUAUAGUUACUACUUAUCUUUGAUUGCAAUAAUUUGUGCAUGUGUUUGACUAUUUUUCAUUUAAAUACU